GGGUGGGCAGGGCCCGGAAGCGGCGGCGGCGGCGGCGGCGGCGGCGGCGCGGGGACAGUAGGGCUGGCCAUGGCUGCGAACCUGAGCAGGAACGGGCCGGCGCUGCAGGACGCCUACGUGCGGGUGGUCACCGAGAAGUCCCCGACUGACUGGGCUCUCUUCACCUAUGAGGGGAACAGCAAUGACAUCCGCGUGGCCGGCACAGGAGAGGGAGGCCUGGAGGAGAUGGUGGAGGAGCUCAACAGCGGGAAGGUGAUGUACGGCUUCUGCAGGGUGAAGGACCCCAACUCCGGCCUGCCCAAGUUUGUCCUCAUCAACUGGACUGGAGAGGGUGUGAACGACGUGCGGAAGGGAGCAUGUGCCAACCACGUCAGCACCAUGGCCAGCUUUCUGAAGGGGGCCCAUGUGACGAUCAACGCGAGGGCCGAGGAGGACGUGGAGCCUGAAUGCAUCAUGCAGAAGGUGGCCAGAGCCUCGGGUGCCAACUAUGCCUUCCACAGGGAGAGCGGCCGUUUCCAGGACACGGGCCCCCAGGCCCCAGUGGGCUCCGUGUACCAGAAGACCAACGCCAUGUCUGAGAUCAAAAAGGUUGGCAAAGACAGCUUCUGGGCCAAAGCAGAGAAGGAGGAGGAGAACCGCAGGCGGGAGGAGAAGCGGCGGGCGGAGGAGGAGCGGCAGCGGCUGGAGCAGGAGCGCCGAGAGCGGGAGCUACGUGAGGCCGCCCGCAGGGAGCAGCGCUAUCAGGAGGAGCAGGGCAGUGAGGCUGCGCCCCAGAGCAGGACGUGUGAGCAGCCAGAAGUUGUUUCGGGGAGCAGACAGGAGCAGGAGCCUGGCAGUCAGCAGCCAGCACAUCCACGGGACAUUUUCAAGCAGAAGGAGAGGGCCCUGUCCACCACAUCCAUCUCCAGCCCCCAGCCAGGCAAACUGCGGAGCCCCUUCCUGCAGAAGCAGUUCACCCAACCAGAGACCCAGCUCAGCAGGGAGCCCGUCCAUGCCGCCUCAGGGCCCAGGCCAGAUCUCCGUGAGGAGCUGGCGCCCAGCACACCGCCGUGUCUGGUGCAAGCGGAAGAGGAGGAGGCUGUGUACGAGGAGCCCCCAGAGCAGGAGACCCUCUAUGAGGAGCCCCCGAUGGUGCAGCAGCAAGAUGCUGGCUCUGAGCAUGUGGACCACUACCCAGGGCUGAGCGGGAAGGGGCUCUGUGCCCGGGCCCUGUACGACUACCAGGCAGCCGACGACACUGAGAUCUCCUUUGACCCUGAGAAUCUCAUCACGGGCAUCGAGGUGAUCGAUGAGGGCUGGUGGCGUGGCUACGGGCCUGACGGCCACUUUGGCAUGUUUCCUGCCAACUACGUGGAGCUCAUUGAGUGAGGACCCCCCCACCGCUGGCCGCUGCGAGGCCAUCCUCCCCUUCCCCACCCAGGCGUGCUUUCCUUCUGGCCGGGGGACAUGGCGUGCGUGGCGUGAGAGCCACUUGGCAGUCCUCCAGGAAUGGGACCCCCAAAGAAGAUGAGCCCUUGGGCCUUCGCAGACGCCUCAGUGCAGCUGAUUCCCAAACCUGCUUCCAGCAGCUCCCGCGCCGCCCCCCCCCACCUCCACCCCACCAGCCUGGCCUUUGAACCCCACAGAGGACACUGAGCCAAGCCCUACCCAUGGCCAGUCCCUCAGUGGCCUCUGCCUGAGGAGUGCACUAGCAAGAUGGGUGGUCUGAGCAGAGGUAUUUGCCUUUAUCUCCUCUUCCUCUUGGCUCUGAAGAGUGGUGGUUAUAGCUGUUAGUGACCCUUGGGAACAGUGAACUUAGAGUUCAUGACCAAAGUCCCAGGGGCCGUGACAGUUUGGGCAGGUCAGAUCUUCCUUCUGGAACCUGCCCUGUGCCUCAGUUCUGUCCCUCUGCCGGGGCUGAGCAUGCCCCGCUCUGAGAGUAUGAGGGAAGGAUGGGACUGUCUGCAAACACAGGUCCCUCUGUGUGCCACACCCCCUCACACUGGCCUCGGCCUGUGCCUGCUGUCCAGCCCCGGCUGUCCUGGCCUGUCGCUUUCAGAUGAAAAUUGCCCCGCACAGGCCCCAGUUCUGACCUGCCCUGCUGUGGCCCGAAUGCCCCCGUGUGGAAACAGAUCCCCUCCUGGGUGUCUGGGGGUGCGUGUGCAGGUGUGUGUGUGCACAUGCACCCUCAGACCUUGGGCAGACAGCCACCUGGGAGAGGCAUAAACAUGAAGCUGUGACCACA